UAGUUACUUCUUAAUACAUAAUUUCGUAUCGUACUUAUUUUGAUAUAUCAAACAUUUUUCUAUAGUUAAAAAUAAUAUUAUAAUUGUAAAGGGUUGAUUUCCCAAGGAAUGAAAAAUUGCAUCGUCAAUGGGCCAAAAAUAUUUAAUUCUUAAAUGUAUGUAUAUUGUAUACGUACCUACGUCAGUUAGGUACUAGUGCCUAAUAUGUUUGCGGACGAUGUAAAAUUAUUGACUUUAAUUGAUAUAAAAGAAAAAGCUAGUAUUAACGUGUAUAUAUUGAUGUAAAGAAAAGCAAACCGGAACAAAGACCAAUCCAAUAUUAAUAUUGUUAAAUUAUAUGGAAUAUAGAUGUUAUACAAGUGCGCAAUUAACGCAAUCAUUAACGUCGAGAAGGUAAUUGAUACUUAUAAUGAAUGAAAGAGUUUGACUGGUGAAAUAUCGAAUAGAUAGUCAUCAAUGUGGUGUGUGCGUGUGCAGACUUCUAGAAGUACUAUAAUCAAGCCAACCAACAUGAUCAUUCAAUCUAUCUUCAUACAAAUCACGUUUUGGUGGUUACUAUCGACGACAAUCGACUGUGUCCUGGUGGAGCAAGCAAGUGAGAAGCGGAUAUCCGCGGAAAGCGUUCCACUUCCCGACAUUCCGAUGGUCCGCGAGGAAAGCGUUCACAUGCUAACGGCCGUCCGAUUCCCACCGCCAGCGCUGUUCUUUGCCAAUCCUGUCAAGAAAUGGUCGCUGGGCGAUUUCGAAAAACCUGAUCUGGUCGCAACUUACUCGGUCACUGACGACGUGGCGGACAUGCAGGACGAAAAAGACGCAUACCUACAGCAGGACCCAGCCAUGACCACCGAACCAGAAACGGAAGCGGAAGCUGAGGCGACCACCAUAGUGGCUGAAGUCUACGAAUCGGUAAACGGACUGCAGCAGACAACCGGUGACAGACACGUGGAAAGUCUAAAGCCAGCAGGUGACGGAAUCGUGGAAAGUUUGCAGCCAAACGUUGACGAACACGUGGAAAGUCUGCAGCCGAUUAGUGACGCACUUACAGAGAGUCUGCAGCCAACCCACGACCGACUCGUGGACAGUCAGUCGACCACCACCAGUCGGCUCGUUGUCACGCCGAAGCAGCAGUCGCCACCGAUGCGUGUCGUGAACCAACUGCCUGCAGACAGUUCGUCGGAAAAGCGAUGGACGGCCUCUCGAAACCGACCGCGACGCCCGGUGGCAUCGGAACACGGCCGACCACCAACCCAGAAAAUCGUUUUGACUAGCCGACCGCUUCCGGUGCCCGACGCCGACGUCCGGUUUCCCGACGUCGAGUACGCGGUGGCCCGACUUGGUGAGCGGAAAAUCUUGCGCAAUUUUCGUCGACAGUAGUACACGACUUGCAAUAGGUAAUAAUGUUAACUUGUGACUCCGAUUUCCGUACUUUCGUAUCGUAUGUACCAAACCUCCAAAUUUGCUGCAAAUGGACAAAAGUUACGCGUUUUCGCAAUAAUAUAAUAAAUUGUACUGCGUGUUGAUAAUCCGGUGCGUGCAUAUUGUGCUUUAAAAUUAAAAUAAUAAUAAUAACCGCCGUAACAUCCAUACCGUUACGAUGAUAUGACGAUUUAUUAUUAAUCAAUAAUCAUUAUAAUAUUAUGUUACACAAUAUAAGCUGUUAGCAAUAAUUUAUUA